GCCGGACGACCUGUCAGCGGCCGCGUUACUGUUCUCGCCAACCGGAAGUGGUCGGCCUGUUGCGCGUUUGUGCUGCGGAGGCACAUUUUUCCAGACGGUUCCACUGGGAGAUGGUAGAUGCUGCCAAGUUUAAACUGAAAAUUGGAUAGAAAUGGAUAUCCAGAAGGACUUGCAGCCUCCAAAGCAACAGCCCAUGGUCUAUAUUUGUGGAGAAUGUCAUACCGAAAAUGAAAUUAAAGCGAGAGAUCCAAUCCGAUGCCGAGAAUGUGGUUACAGAAUAAUGUACAAGAAGAGAACAAAGAGAUUGGUUGUUUUUGAUGCCCGAUGAAAUUCAACAUUUUUCUUAAACUUGCACUGAAAAGAAUUGCAAGUGUUUCUGUUUAGUCUUGUCUCACAUGUAAAUUUCCUCAGAUUGGAAGACUAAUAUUUUUUGUAACUAUUUUAGUUAGAAUAUUUCUUGCAUUCUUCAAAACGAAGUAUUUACAAGACUUGUUUUGUCUUAUUUGAUGGAAAUAAAUUGCUUCAUAAAAUUGA